AUGCCAUCGUCUCCAGCAAAUCCAAAAGUGAGCCAGUUGACUAAAGCAGUAUUCCACAGGCACAAAUUGCGUCGCUUUCCAAAUAGAAUGCAAGAUUCCUGCGCCAAAAAGGAAGAAGCCCAGCGGAGCUGGUGGCAAGGACUCCGACAGGUUCCCAGGCCGACAGUGUACCACUCUACUGAAGGAACACCAGCAACUACGUUAACAGAGGCUCAAGCGAGGAAAGAGGAAGUUGAUAACAGCACCUUUGUUGACCUUGUUAUGAAACCAAAGUUCACGAGAGCACCAAUCACCGAAGCUGGCCGGGUUGCCUUUCUAGGCGAGUCAUCGAACCUGACCCUACUGGUACACGAUCGCCAAGGGUCCUCGGAUGUGGUACACUACCCACUACCGGACAACGUCAGAGGGUCGAGAGCACGCUUGACUGAACUGGACAAUAUUGAAAUCGACAUUCUUCACCAAAGAGGAGCCUUCCUGCUUCCACCAAGGGCGCUAUGCGAUGAGCUGAUUGAAGCGUAUUUCCGCUGGGUCCACCCGAUAGUUCCAGUGGUCAACCGUACUCGGUUCAUGCGGCAGUAUAGAGAUUCGAAGAAUCCGCCGUCGUUGCUCCUCUUACAAGCUAUACUCUUGGCUGGAUCGCGAGUCUGCACAAAUCCCCAGCUCAUGGAUGCUAACGGGUCGACAACACCAGCAGCUUUGACUUUCUAUAAGCGGGCAAAGGCGCUGUACGACGCCAACUAUGAGGACGAUCGAGUCACCAUUGUUCAAUCUUUAAUCCUGAUGGGAUGGUAUUGGGAAGGGCCCGAGGACGUCACCAAGAAUGUCUUUUACUGGAGCCGCGUCGCAACCAUUGUUGCUCAAGGAUCUGGGAUGCAUAGGACAGUAGAGGAGUCACAAUUGAGCAAAACCGACAAGCGGCUCUGGAAGCGCAUAUGGUGGGUGCUCUUCACCCGCGAUCGAUCUGUCGCCGUUGCUUUGGGUCGCCCGGUCCACAUCAAUCUAGACGACGCGGACGUAGAGAUGCUUACAGAAGACGACUUUAUCGAGGACGAAGGUGACUAUCCCAGCCCAUAUCCUCCAGAUCCAAUCCACGUCCAAUUCUUCUUGCAGUACGUCAAGUUGUGUGAGAUCAUGGGUCUGGUCCUAUCUCAGCAAUACUCUGUCGCAUCCAAGGGCCGCCAACGGAAUGCCAUAGAUCUAACGCAUAGCGACAUGACUCUGGCAGACUGGCUGCAAAACUGCCCCAAAAACGUAUACUGGGAGAUGCCGCGACACCACUUUUGGAGCGCACUUCUGCACGCCAAUUACUAUACGACUCUAUGCCUCCUACAUAGAGCACACAUGCCGCCCAACACUCACUAUGCCAGCAAAUUUCCAGACGACUCAUCCUAUCCAUCUCGGAACAUUGCCUUCCAGGCUGCUGGAAUGAUUACGUCAAUCAUUGAGAAUCUGUCAGCCCACGAUGAGCUUCGAUAUUGUCCGGCUUUCAUCAACUACAGUUUAUUCUCUGCCCUGAUCAUGCACGUCUAUCAAAUGAGAUCCCCCGUGCCUUCGAUCCAGCAAGUCACGCAUGACAGGAUACGUACCUGCAUGGCUGCUUUGAAGGAUGUUUCAAAGGUUUGGCUAGUCGGCAAGAUGGUGUAUACACUGUUCGAGGCUAUUCUGGGCAAUCGAACCUACGAAGAAAGGCUUCAAAAGGCUGCCGGAAAGAGACACCAUAAAAGAGUACAACAGACCAUGGCGCAAUUGGAACAACACCAGCAAGCACAGCAACAACAGCAGCAGCAGCAGCAACAACAACAACAACAACAGCAGCAGCAGCAGCAGCAAAGGCCGCAGGAAGCGGCUAAGAGGAAAUACGACGAGAUGGCUAUUGAUUUCAGUGUUAAUACACCGACGCCACAAGAGUCGUACGAAAGAUCACGCCCACAGACGCCAGCGCACACGAGGAACGAACAUAGUCAUCCACAAAUGGGACCACCUGGCGUAACAUCACCACAUACGCGGCCGGGUGAUGCUUUCAUGGGCGGCAGCAAUAGCCGACCACACACAAGGCCAGCAACGCCAUUUAAUCCUUCAUUCUCGGUCCCCGCUACGCCACCCGACUUAUACCUGGUCACAAGAAAUUCCCCCAACUUAUCACAAGCAAUUUGGGAGAAUUUCCAGCCUGAUCAGCUAUUUCCGGAGAACACAAUGGUUCCACAGUUUCCUCAAAUGUCACCCACGCAAGGCGGCGGCGGCGGCCAGGGACUGGAUCCGAAUCUGAUGGCACAAUUCCAGAACAUGCCCGGAAACGCACAGAUGUCGAAUGCGGCUGCCCAGCAUUUCCAACAGCAGCGCGCACCAACUGGCUCGAAUCACAACAACAGAAAUCAAAGUGGAAGCCCAAAUCAACAGCACAACAAUCUUCUAAAUCCCAACAUGGUCCAGUUCCAAGGUCAAGGGGGCAAUAUCUGGCAAGGAGCAGGAGUCGAUGGUUUGCCUGAUGGACCCAGUCCUAGCGAUAGCUGGAGCACUGGCUCCGCCGUCGGCCAACCAGUGCCGGCCACUCUGAACGUAGAGGAUUGGUUCCAAUUUUUUGGCAUAAAUGGCAAUGAUGUGAACUUGGCGAACCUGGACAUGGGCAUGGGGACUUCCUAG